AAGCGGCGCGGCUUCCUGGGGCUUGGGCCGGGGAUAUAGGCGCCCCCGCCCGGGCCCGGCUCAGCGCCACCGCCCCUCCUCGCCUGCUAGCCGCGCGAUGGCCUCGCUCCGGGCAGAGCGCGCCGCCGGCGGCCCGCAGCUCCCUGCGACUCGCGCGGGGCGCCUGGCAGCGCUCCGCCUCCUCCUCUUGCUGGGCGCUGUCCUGAAGCCCCAGGAGUCCCUGGCUCAGCUUCUUCCCACUGAAGGCAGCUUGAAGUCAGAAGAGAACAAGAUGGAGCACUAUAAGAAGACAACCCAGUUAUGCUGGCAAUCUUAUAAGGAGCAGAUGGACUCUAUCCCCAAGGAUUGGUGCGACUGGACCAUGAUUAGCAGGCCUUAUAGCGACCUGCAAUAUUGCUUGGAGCAUUUAGCAGAAGAAUUUGGCCUGGGCUUCCCCAAUCCCUUGGCAGAAGAGAUCAUCUUUGAGACUCACCAGAUCCACUUUGCCAACUGCUCCUUGAUGCAGCCCACCUUAUCAGACCCUCCAGAGGAUGUGCUCCUGGCCAUGAUCAUAGCCCCUAUCUGCCUCAUCCCCUUCCUCGUCACCCUUGUGGUGUGGAGAAGUAAAGACAGCGAGGCCCAGGCCUAGGGUGGUAUGAGCUCUUCUUAGCAGCCUUACUCCUUAUUCUUACUCCUUUCCCCUUUCACCACCAGGUCUCUCUCUUCCCCUCCCUGUCUCCUUCUCUCCCUCCCACCCCCACCACAGACCCUUGGACUGCUGGAAAUGGAAGUCCAGUGGUGGCACAAGUUUUGUAAUCUUCAAAAUAAAACCUUUUUUUUUUUUUUU